AUGCUUCAAUUGUUCAACAUUGACGUGAUCCAGAGCGACAAAGGGCAAACUGCUGCAGCACAGCGAAACCCCAACUUCGAAGAGUUGAUAGGUGCACUAGUCCCUGCCAUCUCUCAAACUAUCUCUGCUAAGGCUUAUCAACCCGUGCCCCACAUCACCCAGGAGGCCACCCAGCAGCCUGUCAAACAAGCCGCCCCAGCUGUCGGGCUGCAAGAGCAGAGGAAGAGGCGGCCGAGGGCAUGGGAGAGUACGCACAAAGUUCUUGAUUGUGAUUCAGGUACUAAUAAGCCGUAG